ACCAACCAUGACACUUAAAGCUUUUCUGUGCUUGUCGCUCGUCGGACUAGUAUUUGCAGAGGCUGGUAAAAAAGGAUACAGUCCAAAGUAUAACCUAAAAGCAUAUGGGAAUCCUUUAGGACCCUUUUUUGGUGGAAAUGGAUAUCAAGGAAAUAUCGGCUCUGGAUAUCCGUUGUAUGGUUUAUCUGGAUAUGGACACGGUGGUUAUGCUAAUAACUUUUAUGGUUUAGGCUCACCAUUACACUUUGGCAGUUAUGUAGGGUACAACAACUAUGGUACUCAAAGUGGAUUUCCUGGAUACGGGCUCAUGAAUGGAAGAAAUUUAAAUGUUUUAAAUGGUUACGGAAAUUACGGUGUUCAUGGUAAUGGAAAUAUGCCUUUCAAGGGAUAUGGAUUCGGUCGCGGACUUGGUGGAUAUAGAGGAUAUAAUAAUCUAAUUAGUUCUGGAGAAUAUGGUAUUGGUGGUAUAAAUGGUUAUGGCUCAUAUGGUAUUGGUGGCAUAAAUGGUUAUGGCUCAUAUGGUAUUGGUGGCAUAAAUGGUUAUGGGUCAUAUGGUAUUGGAGGUUUAAAUCGUUAUGGAGUAUAUGGUAUGGGUGGUUUGAAUGGUUAUGGAUCACAUGGUAUAGGUGGUAUUGGUGGGUUUAAAAACGGAAGAUACGGGUACAGUGGUGUUGGUGGUUUCGGUAAAUUUGGAGGUAAAAAAGGAACAUAUUAGAAUUCCAUGAGUCAUUGAGGAAAAGUUGGUGAUUUUAUACACAUUUGUUUGAGUUAUA